AUGGCUUCCCUAACCCCAGGAAUUCUUCUAAAAAUGUUGCAGGCAAUGAACUCCAACACACGCGUCACCGGCGACCACCGUUCCCCACUCCUCCAGGUCAUCGGCAUCGUCCCUGCUCUCGCCGGCUCCGACCUGUGGUCCAACCAAGGGUUCUACCUCAACCUCUCAGAUUCUCUUAAUUCCACUUAUGUCCUUCUCUCACACCCUGACACCGACCUUAUCCUCUCUAACCGUCUCCAGCUAGGUCAGUUCAUCCACGUCGACCGCUUCCACUUCGAUUCCCCACUCCCUUCCGUCUCCAACAUCCGCCCUCUCCCCGGCCGACACAACAACUUCCUCGGAUCCCCCGAACCACUCGUCGCCCGAAUGUCCCCUUCUAACCGCCACUUCAUCAUCCAACCCCUCUCCGAUUCCGAUUCCGAUGACCCCCUCCCUCUCCAUCUCUCCAACAACAAUAACAAUAAUAACAACAAUAACAACAGUAACAACCAACCUGAGGUUGUUAGGUCAAGGCAACCUCUUGCGCCACGUGACAAUCUGCCUCAACCUCAGAGAUUCUCAUCUCCGGCGACGGCCAAGAGAUCCCAAUCCGCCGGUAGGAACAAGAACGCUGCGGCUGCUGCUGCUCCUCCGGCUGAGAGGGAUCCUUCGCCUGCUGCCGGAAAAGGGAAGAGGUCGGCGUCUCCUGUGCCGUCCAAGUGUGUGGUUCCCAGCUUGGUUUCUGCUCGCGACGAGAACCGGAGAGUUUCGAAAGAGCCGGCGAUUAUCGUGCCGUCGAGGUACCGGCAACCUUCUCCCGGUGGGAGGAAGCAGCCGUCGCCGAACCCGCGGAGGGCUUCGCUUUCUCCCGGAAGAAGGUUGUCCGGUGGUCUCAAGAUUUCACCGGCGAUGUUGGAUUCCGCCGGUAAAAAGAAAAUGGUAGCAGGAAUCUCUAAGGUCUCUGAUGCGUUGCUGGUUGGAUCAGCAAAGACUGUUAGGAAGAAUUGGGAUGAGCAACAAACAGCACCAUCAUCCCUUGAAGUUGAACACAAAGAAGUGAGUGUGCCCAAAAACAAGGUUAACCCACAAGCAAUUCUGCGUACACAGGCUGCAAUGUCAAGGAGAUUAAGUGAUGUGAAUGGUCAAAAUUCCGGUAGCAAUGAUUCUUCAACCAAUGAGAAAACUAAAGCUUGUUCUCCCAAAAGUUGUCUGGCCCAAGAGAAAUCCAAUUUAGCAGAUCUGGGUAUCACCGUUCAUGAAAAGAAAUGGACUGAUGGAAGUGUUCCACUAGAUGCGGUGUCUGCCAAACUUUCAAGGCUUGGAAAGGAAGCAUUGCAAAGGAAAAUUCUUGCUUCUGCAGCUGCUGCUGAAGCAUUAGAGGAGGCCAAUGCCACUGAAUGCAUUCUAAGAAAUUUAAGCAUGUUUUCAGACCUCUGCUCAGUGUGCCAGGCCACAAAUCCCUUGCCAACCAUAGACAGAUUUUUUUCUAUCUAUGAUGAUGUUGUAAGAUCAAUUGCAACGGCUGAGUCCGUUGCCAACAGUCACAAUUCUGAGAAACCUGAUGACAGUGUUCCAACAGAGCAGACAAAAUCACUCUUUCUCUGGGUUGAAGCUGCCUUGGCCACUGAUCUUCAGAUAGUAUCCCUUCUUAAUGGCACUGACGCUGAUUAUCCAUCAACACUGCAAAAGAACAAGUCAAAAAGACACUCUCUUAGUGCAGCUAAGAACCAUCUGAAGGCUUCUUCAUCCCCACAAUCUAAUUUGAGUGCUGGUGUGUGGACAAGAGGUGGUGGAAUGAAAGAGACAGUGGAGCUUGGAACAAAUUUGCUCUCUGAAAUGCAAAUGUGGUUUCUACGUUUUGUUGAGGAGUCCCUUGAUGCAGGAUUUAAAGUGUUUGGAGAGUGUACUACUGAUGGGAAAAAAACAUUGCCUCUGGAUGGUGGCUCCAUUGCUGUUGUUUUAUCUCAUUUGAAGCGUGUAAAUGCAUGGCUGGACCGCGUAGUUUCCAAAGGGAAUGACUCACUGACAGUUAAGAUUGAAAAUCUGAAGAGAAAGAUCUACGGUUUUGUUAUUCAGCAUGUAGGAACAACUUUUGAUAGUUCCGUAUCCCCUGCUUCAUCCUGAAAUUCUGUUUCU